UGGCCUGUUUUCCCACCCCGAUCGACAUAGCUGAACGACUUCAGAAGUGAAAAAUUUUCGGUGGGUGUUGGGAGUUUGCAGAAAACGACCCUCGUGAAAAACCGUGAAAAUUCUGCAGCAAAAAUCAUCGAAAUCACUUGAUGACUUUGCAAAGAGACAUGCUUCGAUGUCUCGUUAGUGUAGAUAAUGCUUAAGCUACCCAAAGGAUUAAAGAAAAAGAAGAAAGGCAAAAAGUCUAAAAAAGAUAAAGAGCUCUUCACCGAGGAAGAGCUCGAACAGUACCGCCGGGAGCACCAGAACCAGGCGUCGUCGGCACUCAACUCGGCUGCUCCGUCGGACAGCGAAGACCAACCGGGAGAAAAGUCCGAAAACGACGAAGAAUGGUCUAAAUUUGCAGCACUUACCACUGGUAUCGAUACGGUUCUAAAGAAAACUCAAGAAGACCUCGACCGUAUAAAAGAGAAAUCGUUCUUCCAAAAGGUUCCCACAAAAGUCGAGCUUGAAGCGAAGGAGAGAGAGGAACAACUCAAGCGUGAACAGGAGGACAAAGAGCGAGCAGAAGCGGCAGCUAAGGAGGCCGAAGAGAAGAGAGCCGCCGAAGAGCUCAUCAACGCCGUUGUUGAGCUCUCGGAUUCCGAGUCCAACUCCGAAGUUGAGGAGGACAUUUUUGACACCAACUACACCGAUGCUAUAGCAAAGGGAGAGCUACCAAUCGCCUAUGUACCGGAGUCCCCCGAACUAGAAGAAUUCGAAGGACCGGAUCCGUUCGACACCUCUUACGCAGAAAAGGUCAUCAAAGGGCCUGAAGUCUCGAAGCGAGGCAAAAAGAUAGUUAAUAUCGGUGCAGCUGUUGAAGUACUAACUGGACGAGUAGAGAGCGUUUCCUCGAGGAAAUCGAUUCGUCGCCCACGUCGAGGGCCACAAAAUCUACUACUAGAGAGCUUCGACGAAGGCCAACCGGACGGAGAAGAGGCGAAACCCAGCGAAGAAACCGUUGAGCAGCCUAUUUUCAGUCUAUUAGACGAUCCAGCAGAGCUUCCAAGUGACGCGCCAAUCGAUCUUAGCGUUUCGCUCCAUCUAGCACUUCAGAAGGAACAGGAAGCCAAAAAAGAACAGGAACCAGAGGAGCCCGAACUAAAUCUUGACGAAUUUGACGAUCUAAAAACACGUGAGUCCGUAGUUAAAGGUGACGAUUUUGAAUUACUCGUAGGUGAAUCCGAUCUUGGAGGUGCUAAGAAACCAUCUCGGCCACCGCCACCUCGUCCAACCGCUGGCCCACGCAUCCCAGAAGUCGUAGGUUUAGUCAACGAAGACGAUUUUGAGCUUGAAUCGGACGAUCCGUUCGAUACCGGUUUCGUUGAACGGGUUCUACCAGCGACUGCCAAGGAGGACGACGAUUUUGAUCCCCGCGCGGAAGAAGACGACGACGACGACUUCGAUCCACGCGCAGAAGAAGAACCGUUACCUGCUGCACAAAUCCGAGUCAAGACUCCGGACCUCUUUUCGUCCGAAGAGCACGCUUCCCUUCAAGUUUCUGCAAAGCUCACCAAGGAUCUACUUUCGGGAAGCACAUCGGAUCUAACGGGAAUCGUUCAAACUCCUUUGGAAGUUUCAGCAGUUGCAGCGGAUUCUGCCGCAUUCGUUGAUCCAUUCGAUACUUCAGCCGUUUCCUCGAUCGUUGCGCCGGGUAAAACUGAACUCAAAUUUCUCGAGGAGGAAUUAUUGGCCGAGCAGUCGGGUACUCUAAAACAUUCUUUGAGUGAUCCAGAUUUUGAUCCUCGUGCGGACAGUGAGCCAUCGAAACAGGAAGAGGACGACUUUGCUGCCAUUGCCCAGCGCAAAUCCUCGCUCAGCUUACAGAUCAACGGAGCGGCUGCUAAAAACAAGACCGUAGUCUUUGCCGUUCCUACACCAGAUUUGCUGAAGAUCGACGGUGAUCAAUCUUUGAACAAAAAGCCCUUAACGCCGUAUUACAAUCGGGAAAGCUCUAUUCAGGAGUCGGAAGAUCCCUUCGAUACUUCUUUCGUUCCGAGCAUCGCACCAACUCAGUUGGAGAUAAACCUUAUCGAGCAAGAGUUAAACAACGCGACGCUAAAGCACAGCGUGUCCGAUCCGGAUUUUGAUCCGAGGGCGAUCACUCCAGUUGAGGUUCCAGCAGCUGUCAGUCAACCAAAAUCUGAUCUACUUGGAGUUUCUGACGAUUACAACCAGAAGGUUCUGACUCCAGCGAAGGAAGCGGAACCGGCAGAGAUCGAUCCUUUCGACACUUCGAUUGCGGUCAACAUCCAGCCGGGUCGUGCCGAAUUAAAACUCUUGGAGGACGAACUUAUUCCAGCGAAUCCAGCGGUAGCUAGUUCAAGUCAAGACAUCCUAUCCGAUUCGCAAGACACAGGUUCCAUCUUUGUAAAGGUGCUCACUCCCCAGCCGAGUAACUCAAUUGACGAGACUGACGUAGAUCCGUUCGAUACAUCGUUCGCAAACGACUUGGGUCCAGGCAAGACUGAAAUCAAACUACUAGAGAACGAACUUUUCAAUAGCAACAACUAG